AUGGUAUACGGUCUCAACCUGACCUCUAAAAAUUCAUCCGCACAACCUCCAAAACUAAAAAGAGCAUUAAUUUUUGAUGAAGCCGAUGACCAAGAUUCCAACGGGAUUACUGACGAACAGUAUAAAGAAGCGUUGGAAGAAGUUCCCACUGCUUUUGCAUACGAUGAAGUGUAUGAUGAUAUGAAAAGUGCCGAAAGGAAGAGAUUAGAGAUCAAAGGAAAAGAUAAAGGUUGCAAUAAAAAGCCAAAAUAUGUUGAUAGUUUAUUGAAAGCCGCUGAAAUUCGACAGCGAGAUUAUAUUCGAGCUCAAAAGCGCAAGUACUAUUUAAUCGUAAACAGAUAUAAAGCACAACAAGAAAAGUUGAGAAAAGCUGAGGAAGAAGAAAGGCUGCGAGAUCAAACUAGUUCAUCAAAAACUGCAGCCAUAGAAGCAAGUCGUUCUAAGAAGUCAAAAUCAGCUGCGAUAGAAGAUGAUUCUACCGAUCAACAACCAAAAACUGACAGGGAGCUUGCAGAUCAAGCCAAGCAAGAGCAGCUGGUAAAAUGGUAUUGUUGA